UCACACUUAUGCAGGAAUCAAAUAAUAGAAUUCUCUUUGUUUAUAAUUUCCAUGUUCGCUGAAAAAGACCUUGCACCCCAUUUCUUGCUUUUUGUUACUCUCUCUCUUUCUCAAAUCAUUUCUUAGAAAGAACUACUGUUAUUGGCUGAUUUUUUGAGGUAGCGGAGUAAUAGCAAUUCUGCUGCCGCCCUGUAGUAUUCACUCAAAUCUCUGACUGCUUGUAGAUGGGGUCUGAAGGGCCUUCAGUAGUAACAGUUCAUGUGACUGGAUUUAAGAAAUUCCAUGGAGUUGCAGAGAAUCCAACUGAGACAAUUGUAAGUAAUCUAAAAGGAUAUAUGCAGAAGAAGGGAUUGCCAAAAGGCCUGGUUUUGGGGAGUUGCAGCAUUCUUGAGACUGCGGGACAUGGGGCACUCGCUCCUCUUUAUCAGAUAUUGGAGUCAGCGGUGGCUGGCCUGGACCCUGAAUCUUCAAACUCUUGCCGGGUUAUUUGGCUUCACUUUGGUGUGAAUAGUGGUGCCACAAGGUUCGCAAUUGAGCAUCAAGCAGUUAAUGAAGCUACUUUCCGUUGUCCUGAUGAACUGGGAUGGAAACCUCAGAAACUUCCCAUCAUCCCUUCAGAUGGAGGAAUCUCACGAACACGGGAGACUUCUCUUCCUGUCGACGAGAUUACAAAGGCGUUGGCAAAGAUGGGCUAUGAGGUGAUGACUUCCGAUGAUGCUGGUCGGUUCGUAUGCAAUUAUGUCUACUACCAUUCUCUCCGAUUCGCAGAGCAGCAUGGCAUCAAGUCCCUCUUUGUACACGUCCCUCUUUUUUUGACUAUAGAGGAGGAGACCCAAAUGCAAUUUGCUGCCUCCCUCUUGGAGGUACUUGCUUCUUCAAAUUAGUAUUCAUAUCAUCUUCAGUAAGUUUCACAAGUCCCAUAUGAUGUUGAUGCUUUCUGUGAACUCUGGUAACUUAUGCAGUGGCACGUAUCAAAGACUAAUGGUAUGCGUUCUGUGGUCUAAAUGUUAGUAUUUCUUGAAAUUAUAAUCAAUGAAAAUGCUCAUCCAUAGAGACGGGCAUCCAUCCACAUUUGCACAUAAAAGCACACGUGCAUAUGAAGGUGGAUGAACGCAUGUGUUCAUCUAUUA